ACUAAGACAAGAUAAAUAACAAAAAGUACAAAAUAGCCUUACACACAAAAAAUAAACCACUCUCUUACUUCCACAAAUAAUAUCACUACUAAAACAUUAAUCCUCCAUCCUCAACUUACCAAAUCAUACGUUUUUAGCAUUUUAUCUUUAUACAUUUUUUUGAAUUGAUCAGUAGUUGUACAUUUUUUUAAUUCAUCAUCCAGGUUAUUCCAUAAUUUCACACCAUAUAUUGAAAUACACAUUUGCUUUAAUGUAGUACGGACAAAUAUCCUUUUAAACUCUGGUUUCUUUCUACUCUUAUCAUUUUUUGGGAUUAAAACAAAGAACCUUUGUAGAUUAGUUGGCAGCAAAUUAUUUCUAGCCUUAAACAUAAUUAGUAAAAUUUUCAAGUUAACUAAGUCUUUGAAUUUCAUAAUUUUAGAUAGAACAAAAUAUUUGUUAGUAUGUUCUCUUGGAUUUGCUUUAUAUAGAAUUCACAAAACUUUCUUCUGUAACAGAAACAAAGGAUUAGUGUUUGUUUUAUACGUAUUGCCCCAAACCUCAAUACAAUAAGUUAAGUAUGGUAAGAUAAAUGAAUAAUAUAAUGUCUGAAGUGUUGAAAUUUCUAGAAAACCUUUGACUUUGUUUAAAAUUCCAAUACUUUUGGAUAUUUUUUGUUUUAUAUAUUUUAUAUGGGAUUUCCAAGUAAGUUUAUGGUCCAAGAGAACCCCUAAGAAUCUGACUUCAUUUACUCUAUCAAUUAAAAAACCAUCAAUAGACAACGUAACUAAAGAUGUAUUACGAUUUAUUCAAAUAAACCAUGAUUUAUUUUAUUUAUCUUCCCAUAAACCAUCAUUUUGUACGGAAGGGAUUGGAUAACAAACAUAUUAAUAAUAGUACACAUUUAUUAGAAGCUGCCUCGUUACUCAAAUGCACCUUCUCACAACACGGCACGCAUGGAACAGCGCGUGUUCACCCUCCCGGCCGCUAGUUGGCGCCGUAAAGCCUGCAGUUACAACCCCAAAAAGAAGAGCGACCGGAGCGCCGCGGAGCGGAAGCAGUGAUGUAAAUGUAAACAAUGGCGAUGAAACUUCGUUCUCGUCCUCAAUAACUUGGUGCAAGCUCUUUCCAGAAGCAGAGAUGACUUUCUGAGGUCAUUGUGACAGCCGGAGCUCCAAAACAAGACUCGGUCAUCUGAUGGUCCUGAUGCAGAAUCGCUGCUCGCUCUUUGAUCCAUUCUGCUCACACUCUCACGGAAAAGCCCAGAAACAUAAUCUCUGUUAGCAAAACAGAACGUGCCUCCAUCUGCUCCGAAUGGAUCUGGACAGCAUGAAUACAGGUGUUCAACAGGUGGUGCAUGUUACAGAAGAAGCUGCUGAAGAACAGAGUGCUGGACCCAGGACCCAGCAGGACCCAGAACACGUAAAGGAGGAACAGGGAGAACUCUGGACCAGUCCGGAGGGAGAGCAGCUCCAUUUGGAGGAGGAGACUGAUACAGCCAGGUUUCCAUUUACUGGAGUUUCUAUAAAGAGUGAGGAUGAUGAGGAGAAACUUCUGUUCUCAAAGUGUCAUCAGCAGCAUGAUGUUCCAACCAGCAGCUCAACUGUUCAGAUGACUGCAGAAACUGUGAGGAACCCAGAUCUCAACACUCAUGAACGGACAUCUGAUUCUUCUGAGACUGAAGUUAGUGGAGAGGAUGGUGAUCUCGGCUCUGAGCUAUCGGACCCUGGGUCUGAAACUGGAGAUGGAGACAAUGGCCGGAAAGAGAGCAGGUCUUCUGGGUCAAAUGCUAAGACUGUCAGCAAAUCCUUUAGCUGCACUGAGUGUGAUGAAAAAUUUCUCCACAAGCGAUGUCUACAGAAACAUGUGAGAGUGACUAGGCAUUCAACAAUGGGGUCUUCAGUCUGUUUGGUUAAUAAGAAAUGUGUUAGAGCGAAGCAACACGUAGACUCAUGCAGGGAUGUCCAGUCAGAAACAAAAUUAUUUAGUUGUGAUGACUGUGGGAAAAUAUUUAGUGACAAAUCAAGUUUAAAUAGACACACAAGAGUCCACACAGGAUUGAAACCUUUUGCUUGUGAGAUCUGUGGACAAAGAUUUAGCCAAAAGACACAUUUAAACAGGCACGCGACAGUCCACACAGGACAGAAGCCUUUUUCCUGUGAUCUCUGUGAACAAAGAUUUAGCCAAAAGACAUAUUUAAACGUCCACAUGAGACUCCACACAGGACAAAAACCUUUUGUUUGUGAGUUCUGUGGACAAAGAUUUAGCCAAAAUACAUAUUUAAACAGACACAUGAGAGUCCACACAGGACAAAAACCUUUUGUCUGUGAGCUCUGUGGGCAAAGAUUUAGUCAUAGGACUCAUUUAAACUGUCACAUGAGAGUCCACACAGGACAGAAGCCUUUUGCCUGUGAGCUCUGUGAACAAAGAUUUAGCCAGAAGACAAAUUUAAAUAAUCACAUGAAAGUCCACACAGGACAGAAGCCCUUUGCUUGUGAGCUCUGUGGACAAAAAUUUAGUCUUAAGACAAGUUUAAACAGACACAAGAAAGUCCACACAGGACAGAAGCCUUUUACUUGUGGGGUCUGUGGACAAAGAUUUGGCCGAAAACCAAAUUUAAACAGACACCUUAGAGUCCACACAGGACAGAAGCCUUUUGCCUGUGAGCUCUGUGGACGAAGAUUUAGUCAUAGGACAAGUUUAAACCGUCACACGAGAGUCCACACAGGACUCGUUUAACUACGAGUACCAAAAUGGACCCUUUCACAAUGUCAGUCUUGUACCCAUAGUGGCAGUCCCUUAACCCAGAUCAGGGCCAUUUCCGGCCUGCGGGCCACUACUUCCUGGCCUGUGAGUCACAUAUUGUGACCCCAAGAUGUUAUUCUUUCACUGAUGCAUUUCCAUCUGGGUCAGCUCGGCCUAGCCCUGGUAGUGUAACUGUGUUCUGUGUUCUUGGGGAGAGAGUAGCAAGCUGUGUGCCUCAUGUUAGUCUCCAAAAGCAACACUGCUCACACUCGAUUUGGUUUACUAACUUGUGGCGGUUAGGAAGGACACCACAGACUUCUCCAUGCCACUUUUGUCGCAUCCAUAUGCUCGGAGACAAAUCUGGCCCCAUAGGGAUGGGAUGACCAGACUGAGCUGACCAACAUGUAAACGUGGCUCAAACCUCUGUUUCCAUAGAGAGGCAGUGCAGUACCGUAUGCAUCGCUCAUUCUUACACAACGAUGAGCUGCUGUCUUUAGGUUUCACUUUUGGGGUGUUGCAGCAGGGGGUGGUUAGCCUUGUGUGUAUUCUCUGCUGUUAAUUAGUUUGUCGAAUGUGGAAAUAUUUGUUUUUACCAGUAGUUUGCACUUUGGGAGUGGAAUAUAAAGACAGAUCUCUUCAGUUGUUUAGCCAGUGGCUCCACAAUUAGCCCUGGCUAACAGAUGUGAUGUCCCACUUUGUGGAGGACAGUCCUCCAUUUCCAUAAAAUUCCACAUGUCCUGCAAA